UAAUUUACUUUUCGCAUCCCUUCACUUGCAUAACUCUGUUAAUAACAACAUGCUUCAGGUAUUGAAGAGUUUACGUUUGACCCAGCCUACGCGCUUUGCCUCUGCUCUAAGCAGCACAGUAACAAAUACAUCUUCGAUCACCGCUGAUGCUUCUUCUGCUGUCAAUUCAGGCGAACCCGAUAAGCUCUACAGCAAAUUGGAAAUUGAGCUGCGAGGAAUUGAUCCAGCUGUUCUGAAAAGUUAUACCUGGUUCGCCACAACCGCGGCGGAGCAUUUGGGCAUUGAAUUGGGCAAAUGUUGGAGCCCCCGCAAGGCACACCAUGAACGAAUGACUCUACUGAAGUCCGUGCACAUUUAUAAGAAGCAUCGCGUUCAAUAUGAGAUACGAACUCAUUUUCGUUAUAUGAACUUCCACAAGCUAACGGGAUCGACACUGGACACUUUUCUAGAGUACAUCGAGCGCAAUUUGCCCGAGGGUGUGGCGCUACAAGCAGCCAAGACGGAACUACAACAGCUGCCUGCUCAUUUGCAACAGCCGCCAGAACAAGUUUAGCAUAAGCAUACAUAUUUACUGAACUUAGUUGUAAGUGUUGCAUAUACAUAUUACGUACAUAUUUAACUCUUACGUUUUUGAUAACAGUCAUUGAAGCGAUUAACCGAACAGAAGCGUAGAGAUUAUUGUUCAAUGGUUAAACACAAAUAAAAAGUCGUGUUAAUCAAAAAUU